AUGGCUACAGUACAAGAUGGUGGGUGUGAUGCAAGUUCUUUAGAGCCUGCAGUUUUUGAUGUAUUUCUACUUCCACAUUUCAGGAUAAUAAAAGAAGAUGAUGAAACCAUGGAACACUUGUUUCCUGACCAUUUUGCAAGCCGUGAAAUCAUCACUGAUCCAGCAUCACCUGACUUUUUAGGUAGCUUUGAAGUUGUACCGAUUAAUUAUGGAAAAAACGAAGAAAACCUCUUAAAACUAGGCCAUUCUAUUAUCAAUACAUUACAGAGUUGGUCAGAUCCUGGUUAUGUCAUCUUGGCUUUAUCAAACAUCAAGAAACACUUUCAUUAUGAUGACUUCCAAGAUUUUCUUGUUGCCAAGAAGAUAGACAAAGUUGUGAUGAAAGCAAUGGAAAUUUUACCUGAUGAUAUAGCUGUUCAAGCGAUUGGAUGUCAACUAUUAGAUUUAUUUUUUGAGAAAAAUGAAGAUUUGCAGAUAAGUUUGAUAUCAGCUGAUACUUACAGACAUAUUGUAAGAGUGCUACAUGAAAAUAAGACAGAUCUGAUAUUACAAGUAUCUGCUCUUAAUCUAAUAGAAAAGCUGAUGGGAAAAGAAGAAGUUCUAGACCAAGUGAUGCUGGAUGAAUAUAAUGUAAAUAUUGCAAAUGAAGUAUUUACUAGCCUACACAAACACCAUGACAACCAUGAGAUUAAACGAUCAGCCUAUUGUAUAUUAAAACUUUUAUUAGAGGAAGAAGAUGAUGAUGUCAAAGAAAUUUGUAUAAAAAAAGAAAACUUGCAGACUAUGUUCGACAAUUUUUCAGCCUCACAAGUGGAUUGUUCUGAUAUAUUGCUGAAAAUUUUACAGAUAUUUGGAUGUUUAACUUUGAAGAGAAGACAUGAGGAGAAUGAUCGUAACUAUACUUAUAAGCUAGCUUUUUCCAUAGGGACAAUGUACAUUUAA